AUCCAAUCAGAGCAGCAACACGCGACGCCAUUCUCAUCUCCCCUACCACUACGUACGAUCUCUCUCUUUCUCUCUCAUGAGAUUGACAUGGCUCGUCUCUUCUGAUUUUGUACUUGGACUGCGGUGUCGCUCGUCUCAAUAUUGCUUGUGGUGGGCUUGCCUACUUGUAAUUUUCUCGGCAUCCUAAGGCAUCAUUUGUCAUUGAAUAAACAUGAGUCAAAUUGCCGAGCUCUCUGCUGACAAAGGGCUUUGCUCGAGCACUGCUGGGUACACUGCGGGGCGAUACGUGCACCACGGGUCAUAUACUUCGCAAGGAUAUACCUCACAUGGAUGUCCUCUGCACGGUUAUCCACCGACUGGGUAUCCUCCGCCGGCUGGAUUCUCGAGCCAUGCUGGGUACGCUGCAGGGCAAUACAUGCACCAAGGGUCAUAUCCUCCACACGGAUAUGCUCCGCAGGGGUAUCCCCCACCGGCUGGAUUCUCGAGCCAUGCUGGGUACGCUGCGGGGCAAUACAUGCACCAAGGGUCAUAUCCUCCACAUGGAUAUGCUCCGCAGGGGUAUCCUCCGCUGGCUGGAUUCUCGAGCCAUGCCGGGUACGCUGCGGGGCAAUACAUGCACCAAGGGUCAUAUCCUCGACAUGGACAUGCUCCGCAGGGGUAUCCACCAGCUGGGUAUCCUCGGCCGAGUGGAGCCUCGAGCCUUGCUGGGUGCGUUGCGGGGCAAUACAUGCACCGAGGGUCAUAUCCUCCACAGGGAUAUCUUCAGCAAGGGUAUCCACCAGAUGGGUAUUCUCUGCUAGGUGGUUCCUCGAGCUAUGCUGGGCACGCUGCGGGGCAAUAUCCUUCUCAUGGAUAUCCUCCGCCAGGUGGAUCCCCACCUGCCGGUAAUCCUCCUCCGCCUCCACCACCUGGGUUCUAUCCACAAGUUGCUUAUCCCAGUCCUUCAUGUCAAUGAGAAAAUGGUCCUGGUAUGGUAACAAUGGUAGCUGGGGGUUCGCUGCUUAUGGGGCAGAGCACACGCAGCAAAAGCUCUGAGGGCAUCAUGAUAUAUUUGAGUAAAAUGUAAUUGGUUUUCUUGAUAAAAGGAAACUAGUAAAGACGUUUUUUUUUUUUCCUUAAAUAUGUACCUAUAAUUUGUGAUCUUGACCAGUCUUGAUCUAAUGCUCCCCCAUUUCUUAAUCAGUUAAGGAUUAGUUUUGCCAACCUUGACCAA